AUUUAUCAACAGAUAAAGUCCCUUUUCUAAUAUUAUUCUUCUCAUAAUUGCCGUUGCAUAGACCAGGAAAGAAAAGAUGCAGCUAUUGGACUUUUCACUGUUGACAGUUAACACAACAUACUGAACCAGGUCAGGAUGCUGACAAUGAAUCCCCUUUCCCUGUUCAAUCAGAUCACAACUGUUCUUUAGAGGAGCCGGAUGGGGGAGGAGGCAGGGAGAAUCUCUGGCCGUCUCAUUGAUUUAAAGGGGUGCUGAAGUGAACACCAGAAAUGUACAGAUAACCUACAAUGGAGAAAGUAAACGGCCCCAGCCUGCCACUGCAACAGCUGGUGACCCAGCCAGUUCCUCUGACGGUCCAUGAGGAUUCCUUCUCUUACAAGGAAAAUCUGAUCGGUGCCUUGCUGGCUAUUUUUGGGCACCUCAUGAUCAGCAUUGCGCUCAACCUCCAGAAAUACAGCCAUAUCCGGUUGGUGAGUUGCAAAGAGUCUAAGGCUUAUUUUAAGACCAAGACAUGGUGGUGUGGUAUGUUCCUGCUCUGCCUGGGAGAAUUGGGGGUCUUCUCCGCCUAUGCUUUUGCCCCCCUGUCCCUGAUAGUGCCUCUGGGGGCAGUAUCUGUCAUAGCGAGUGCAAUCAUUGGAGUCAUAUUCAUCAGGGAAAAAUGGAAGCCUAAAGACUUCUUGAGGCGCUAUGUUUUGUCCUUCGUAGGCUGUGGCUUAGCCAUUGUUGGGACGUACCUGCUAAUCACCUUUGGACCAAACAGUCAUGAAAUCAUGACAGGGGAGAACAUCACAAAGCACUUGGUCAGCUGGCCGUUCCUUCUGUAUAUGCUGGUGGAGAUCAUUCUGUUCUGCCUGCUUCUAUAUUUCUACAAGGAGAAGAAAGCAAACUAUAUUGUGGUGAUUCUGCUCCUAGUAGCUCUCCUUGGUUCCAUGACAGUCAUUACUGUCAAAGCCGUUGCGGGCAUGAUCGUGGUUUCCAUUCGGGGGAAUGUGCAGCUGGGCUACCCAAUCUUCUACAUCAUGGUGGUUUGCAUGGUGGCGACAGCGGCCUUUCAGGCAGCGUUUUUAACCCAAGCUUCCCAGCUGUAUGAUGCGUCCCAGAUUGCCAGUGUGGGUUAUGUCCUGUCUACUAUGAUAGCCAUUACAGCAGGUGCAACUUUUUAUUUGGAUUUUAUUGGAGAGGAUGUACUCCAUAUUUGUAUGUUCGCCUUGGGAUGCCUGGUUGCAUUUUUAGGUGUCUUCCUGAUCACUAGGAACAAGAGGAAAUCCAUCUUUUUUGAGCCUUACAUCUCCAUGGACGCAAUGCCAAGCAUGCAGAAUCUGCACGACAACGGAACUGCAGUUCAACCAGACCUCAAAACUUCUUUUUCCUAUGGCGCCCUGGAGAACAACGAUAGCAUCUCAGAAAUUUACACUCCUGCUACAUUAACCAUUGUCCAGGAAGAACAUGCUUCCACAGGAGCCUCUGCACAUUCCUGCCGGAGCAUGGCACACAGCAAGAGCGAGUGAAUGCUCUUUGAUGGAAUAGCGUAGGUGUGAUUGUCCUAUUUAUUACCCCUCCCUUUCUCUUACUGAGCCCAAAAGGCAGCUGAAGUAGGGAUGAACUCAUAUAAUAAGCCUAAAGAAAGAAAAAACACGCUCAUUAAGAGUCACGUACCUGGAAUACAAAAGUAUUCCAUGUACCUGGAAAACAAAAGUAUUCCAUGUUAAGCUGAAUUGCAUUGGAAUCUGAACAGCUGCAUCAAAGGAAAUGCAGAAGGCCUUAGAGUAGCUAAAUAGGCCUUACGUAGGUGAGUACAGAUGCUCUGUUGCAACAGAAGCAGUGGUUUCGUUGGGAUAGUUGUAUACAGCAACUCUACACCAAGGAUUGUGUAUCUUUUAAAAUCAGACAGAAUAGCAUUCUCCAAGAAGUGUGUAUUGGGCAUUUCCCACGCUGAAAACUAGUUCUUUCCCCUUUUUCUGUUACCAUGGCUAACCAGAGAUGUAUUGAUGUGGUUGACUGGUAUGCCCUGUUCUCCUUUGUAUAUCUUCUUGUCCCCAGCUUGAGUGGCAGGGGGGCAGGAUACAUUUCAAGUGUUCUAUUAUCCUGGUCAAAAUGUUUGGUUACGCAGUUCAGCAUUUUCUCCCAGGAUAACCACUGAAAUAGGUGGGGCAGCAACAUGGUAACUGAAGACACAUUGCCACUGAAGACGCAUACCUUUCAGAUCAGCACACACCGCAAUCCAGUUUGGGUCCAGCAUGGGUCUACAGCCCCAGGUGUUGAAAAUGUGAUGGUUGGCUACCCCAAAGACCACCAUCUUGGAACCAUACUGUUUGUGGUUUUAAUAAGUGCCCUGAAAAUGAAUUUCUGCAUUGUGAUGUCCUUCGGAUUAGGCCUGGUCUUCAUAUUUAGCAGGCUGGGGUAAUACAGGAUGAAUUGCAUCAUUUCAUAUUACUGUUUGGAGACUGCAUUUGAACGCGCUGUUGUGGAUUAAAAAUACUUCCCCGCAAAUAAAGAGAGAGCCAGCUUCUGCAGGUGACCAUGAGUUGUGACCAAAACUUACUUCCUUCUUUCCCAUGUGUGGUAUUUAUGUUUAAAUUGCAGGAAUUAUUUAUAUCGGGGAGCAUUUUAAAAAUCUCCUGGUAUUUCAACUUCCAGUGUAUAAUACUGCAACCCAUUCUAUAUCUCAUCCUAUUGUGGCUGAAUUUUUUUCCUGCAAGUUUUUGUUUUUUUUAAUAUAUAUUAAGAGUUGUAUCUCCUGCUUCUCUCCAGCAGGUGAUAAUGCUUAUACAAUCUUGGCUGAUCUUAAAACACUAAGCUGUAUUAGACCUGGUUAGUAAUGAGGAUGGAAGACCUGUGGGAAAAUCCCAGAGUUAUAGGGUGUACUGGGAAAUGUAAGAAGCACCCCAGAAAAUAUAGGAUCUACCCACUUCCAUAAUCUUGUCAGAUUUCUGUUGGUUGCCAGUUAAAGAUGACUUCCUGGCUUCUUGGAAGAAUUACAGGUAGUCCUCACUUAACAAUCAUUUGUUUAGUGAC